CGAGAAGCUUGAACCAAUAAAAUAUCUUCUUUAAUCCACGUACCUGCAGACGAAACAUGGCGGCUGUCAAUACAAUCUUCCUUGUCUUUGCAAUAUUGUUUGCCAUUGUAGGCUUUUUGCAAGGUGCCAUUAAAAAGAAAGAGGAUACACUUGGAGAAAAAGUCAGUCAACUGACAGAAUGGAACAACAAGAAAGCCGUCAUCAGGAUGAAUGGUGAUAAAUUCAGACAAUAUGUGAAGUCGCCACCCAGAAAUUACUCCGUAGUGGUUAUGUUAACAGCUCUACAGCCUCAGAGACAGUGUUCUGUAUGCAAACAGGCUAACGAUGAGUACACCAUUCUGGCCAAUUCCUGGAGGUAUUAUCAGCAGUAUUCUAACAAACUGUUCUUUGCUAUGGUGGACUAUGAUGAGGGGUCUGAUGUAUUCUCCUCGAUGAAACUUAACACUGCCCCAGUGUUUAUGCAUUUCCCAGCCAAAGGAAAACCCAAGAAAGGAGAUACCAUGGACAUUCACCGAGUUGGAUUUGCUGCUGAACAGAUUGCCAAAUGGGUUGCUGAGAGAACAGACAUAAAUAUUCGUGUAUUCCGACCCCCAAAUUACUCUGGGACUCUGGCUCUGGCACUCUUGUUUGCUCUGAUUGGAGGACUCCUAUACUUAAAAAGAAACAAUUUAGAAUUCCUGUACAAUAAAACAGUCUGGGGAGUUCUAUCACUGUUUGUCAUUUUUGUCAUGACUUCGGGUCAGAUGUGGAACCACAUUAGAGGACCACCAGUAAUGCACAAAAACCCAUCAACAGGACAAAUUAAUUACAUUCAUGGCAGCAGUCAGGGACAGUUUAUAGCAGAAACUUACAUAGUGUUCUUCUUAAAUGCUGCAGUAGUAGGGGGCAUUGUUCUGCUCAACGAAGCAAAUUCUGUCAAAGGAGAUCCCGGCAAGAAAAGAAUUUUAUCGAUGGUGGGGCUGGGAUUUGUGGCCAUUUUUUUCAGUCUCCUCUUAUCUGUGUUCAGAUCCAAGUACCAGGGAUACCCGUACAGUUUCUUGUUCAAGUAGAGAAGAUCCAGAUUGUGCAUUGAACGUUUUAUUUUAUGGAUCCUUAAUUUUGUGUCUUUUCAUGGUGGAACAUACCUGGUAAAUGUUGUGGAAGUUGUUUUAUUGAGGUGAAUGCUACUUGCAAUUAUGUGAAUGUACUGUAUUUGUGUAAAAUUGUGUUGACAUUGCAAUUUGUUAAACUUCGACCAAAUGGCUGCCAUAUUUGUGUGUGAGAAAGAAUACACUUUUUUUAAUGUUAAGUGGCAAUCUCUAGAAAUAUCAAAAUUUUAAUAAAUUUAUCUUGAUAAAAAUGUGUUUUGCCUUCAAUUUUUAUGAAAACCCUAUUAAGACCAAAAACUAGGUCACUGUGAAACUUCAAGGAUACAUUUCUAUUAAAUUCAAUGUCUUAAGAUUGUACACAAGAUAUAGGAUUACAAAAUCUUGUCAAUUGAUGCUUCUUGGGGAUGGAAGAUGUUUUGACCCUUUAAAGGACAGGGAUUUGUCCAUUUUUGGUAUAAUUUCAUGACUACAUCCUGUAAGAACAUUUCAGAGCAAUAUACAUGUAUUAUACAAGCAUGUUGAGGAGCAUCUUUUAUCUGAAAUAGUUUUAAAAUAAAUUUUUGGGGCAUGGUUGAUGGUCA